AUGGCAUACCUCGGAAAAGAGACACAAAUAACACAAGCAGGGCAGGCGAUUGUCCUAAACACGGAGGCAAUAGCACAGCUGUGCGCCACCAUAAAAAACGGCCUAGGGCCCAACGGAGCUGUGAAAAUGCUGAUCACGCCUGCUGGAGAGAUACGCCUGGUGAAGGACGGGAUAAACCUUCUGAAGAACAUACAGCUAGCGCAGCCGGGAGCCGUCCUUCUCUCGAAAAUGGUCACGCAGCAGGGCGAAGAGUGCGGGGACGGGGUGACUUCCGCGGUGAUUCUCUCUGCAACGAUCCUGAGCAAGGCGCUUGAGUUUAUAUUCGAGGGCGUGCACCCGCAGGUGAUUAUUUCAGGGCUGCUGAAGAAGGAAAAGCAGGUUCUGGAGAGCCUCAGCGCGCUGAAGGUCCCGAUUGAGGACACGCAGGCGACGAUUUACAAGCUUGCACACACGGCCCUGCGCACGAAGUUCUCGCAGAAGCAGGCGGAGAAGUACUCCAAAAUCAUCGUGGAGGCCUCUGAAACGGUCCGAGACAAAAACACCACGGACUUGAAGAUGCUGGAAAUCGUGAAGAUGGCAGACAUUGACGCCACAGAGCCGCUCCGAAUAGUGCGCGGACUCGUGAUGGACCACGGGGGAAGACACCCCAUGAUGCCAAAGAGGCUUCAGAACGUUUUUAUCCUGUGCACGAACAUUUCCUUCGAGUACGAAAAGCCAGAGCAUAACGCGCAGUUUUACUACAAGAGCACGCAGGAGAAGCUGCAGAUGGAGGAGGGCGAGAGAAGAGUCAUCCUGCAGAGACUCCAGAAGGUUUUGGAGGUCAUCCAGAAAGUCGCAAUAGCCAACCAGCAGCAGAACCCGCAGUUUAUGCUGGUCACGCAGAAGGGAAUCGACCAGCACGCCCUCGAGAUUCUCGCAAAGUACAACGUCCUUGCCCUCAGAAGAGCGAAGAGAAAGAACAUGGAAAGACUCCAGCAGCUCACCGGAUGCACGCCCGUGACCAGCCUGGCAGAGCUCAACGAGAACGUCUUUGGGUUUGCAGGACUUGUCCGGGAGAUCUCCGUGGGAGACGAUAAGUUUACGUUUGUCGAGAAGACCCCGUUCAACAAGACGUGCACCCUUCUUGUGCAGGGAAUAUCCCCGUACCAGAUGGAGUACUUGGAGAGCGCCGUCAAAAGCGCACUCCGCUCGAUAUCCUGCGGACUCGCAGACGGAAACGUUGUCCCAGGAGGCGCAUCCGCAUACCUCGCACUCGCAGAAAGCAUCCAGCAGAAGGAAGAAACCCCGGAGGAGACAGUGGCGUGCACCAUAUGGAGGGAGGCCCUGCGCGCAGUCCCAAAGGUGCUUCUGAAGAACCUCGGAUAUAACUCCGUCGAAAUGCUCGCACGCAUCAGGGCCUCGCACACAGAGAAUGCAGCCGUGGAAAUAUCGACGGGAGAGGUCAAAAACGCCCUAGACAUGAACAUACUCGAUAACUAUGCAAUUGUCAGAAACACCAUCGAGUCCUCCGUCCUUGCAGCAACUAAGAUCCUCAUGGUGGACGAGAUAAUAAAAAGCGGAAAAGACGUGAAGUAG